AGAGUAUCAGCAAGUGCAGAACAAGGAACAGGCUCAGAUUGAUUCGCGGAGGCGGAGGAGAUCCUGUGCGCAGCAAGUUGCCUUUUCCUGCGCUGGACUCGGUGUUAGAAUACUCGUCCGGUAAAACUCGACGGAAACGAAUCUAGGUGUUUGGACCAGAAGACACGCGAGAGAGGAGGGAAGAUUUAAAAAUCAGGAUCUGUCCCGUUCAGAGGUGGUGUGUUACCUUCCUGAGAUCUGUGGUCGUCUCCCAGCCCCGGAAAAAUGAGUCUGAGCACCAGCGAACUGGAGGACCUGUGGGAGUCGUUGGCGGAACUCAACUUCUCAGAAACCUUCAGCAACAUAUCGAGUGUGAAUGCGAUGGUGUGCGCCACGGCGUUCAACCGCAGCGCUCUGCUCUACUCCAUGUGCAUCCUCUACACUUUCAUCUUCGUCAUCGGUUUGGCCGCCAACGCUCUGGUCCUCUGGGUCAACAUCCGGGCACAGAGGGACUCCACCCCUCGCCACGAGACGCACAUGUACAUCACUCACCUGGCAGUCGCCGACCUGUGCGUGUGUGCCACUCUGCCCGUGUGGGUGAGCUCACUGGCCCAGCACGGCCACUGGCCCUUCGGGGAGGUGGCGUGUAAACUCACGCACCUGCUCUUCUCCGUCAACCUCUUCGGUAGCAUCUUCUUCCUGGCCUGCAUGAGCGUGGACCGCUACCUGACCGUGUCGCAUCAAGGGGAGAACGCGGGAGGCCGGCGCAGGAAGCUGAUCCGCACCGGAGCGUGUGUGGGGGUGUGGCUUCUAGCUCUGGUGGCUUCCCUGCCGGACACCUACUUCCUGCGCGCUGUGAAGUCGACGCAUGGGGACACCAUGCUCUGCAGGCCCGUGUACCCGGAGGAAAACCCCAGGGAGUGGAUGGUGGGAGUGCAGCUGAGUUUCAUAUUUCUGGGCUUCGCUCUCCCCUUUCCUGUCAUCGCGUUGUUUUACGCCCUGCUAGCCCGAGCUCUCAGCCGCUCCUCGACUUCGGAGUCAUCGUCCGCCAUAGAGCAGGAGCGCCGCGUGAGCCGCAGGGUGAUCCUGGCCUACAUCGUUGUGUUCCUGGGCUGCUGGGGGCCCUACCACGCCGUCCUCCUCGCCGACGCCCUGUCCCAGCUGGGCCUGGUGCCUCUGACCUGUGGCCUGGAGAAUGUGAUUUACGUGUCCUUGCACCUCACCCAGUGCCUGUCCCUGCUCCACUGCUGUUUCAACCCCAUCCUCUAUAACUUCAUCAACAGAAACUACCGCUAUGACCUCAUGAAGGCCUUCAUCUUCAAAUACUCCACGAGGACGGGCUUGGCGCGUCUCAUCGAUGCGUCCAACAUGUCUGAGACCGAGUACUCUGCCGUCGCAGUAGAAAACCCUCCCCAGAUCUGAGACUCAAAACAACCCAAUGAGCAUUUCCUGAACACUGUAUCUAAAUCUAACUGACGAUAAUGUAAUAUAAACAAAAGUCACAACUGAUGUUCUCAUCAGAUUCUGACGACUCGCAGCAUUAUUUAUGAAAUGACGGUGAAAGGAGAACAAAAAAAAAACAAUCCGGCAUCUUUUUAUUUUGACAGAAAUCUGCUUGAGUCCUGUAGGAAAAGCGUGAAGCACUUAGAAAACAGUUUCAUUAUAACAGCUGAUACUGAAAUAAUAUGAAUACUGUCACUCAUUUGUAAAACAGUGACUGUGUAAAAUCAUUGCCUUGACUGUGUUUAUAGGAUUGUGCUGUGCCUGUUUGUGUGCGUGGCGUGCAUAAUCUGACAGGCGUUGAAUAUUGAUGAUAUUAGUAAUAUUGUUAAUCAUUAUGUUUUAAGUUGUAUUUAUAUACUUUUUUUUAAUUGUUUAGCCUCUCUCACGCUGUAAUGGAAGGUCUUCACACACUGAUGUCUGCUCAGUGCUUCACUUCAUGCUGCCUUAUCAUUCUAGUCCAACCACUGACCGGCUCAGUGUCCUGCUGUCUCAUUAUUAAUCCAAACCUCAUGUCACACCAGCUGAACCCUUUAGACAAUGACCAUGUAUUUUUGUAUUAAUGUAAUUGCCUCAUGCUACUAAAAAAUAUAAAUGAUCUGAUGAGUGUUUGUUCUGUGCAACAUAUAAAGGACCAGAGUCUUUUGGGAAUACGUGUAAAGACACAAAAGUGGUUUCAACUUUGUCGUCUGUCUUUCUUCAAGGGAGCAAGUAAACUUAUUUCCCAGUAUGUCUAACUGUUGCUCUAAGGAAGCCAAAUUGUUCUUACAAAUGAUUAACAUCAUUCCACACUGCAGAUUAUUAACUUCUCUGGGUUACUUGUGAAUUCUUUCAUACAUUGUCUGAAGGCUUCAGCUGGGACUACUGAGCAGAACCAUGUAGCUCCCAUGCAUCUUUUCUGAAAUGUACAAUAUUAGGCCGAUAUGCUGUACCAUCUCUCUGUAUGUACACACAUGUCCAUGCUGCUGCACACGGACCACAGGUGGCUAAAACCUUUAUGACCAAAUAACAUGAAUUAAUAGCUUUACUCCUCUCAUCGAGACAGCAGCUACAUGAUCGAAUUAGUGUGUGUGUGUGUGUGUGUGUGUGUGUGUCUUUGUGUGUGUGUGUGUGUGUGUGACAUCAAUAGGUGAUGUUUCUUGUGUCAUAAACUUUGAGUUAACCAGUUUUCUCACUGUCUGUUGUAGGAAACAACAAACCGUUGAUAUGCCGACACAGAGCACAUUGUGUCAUGUGAUUGGUUACACAUGGACGCUUUUACACUGAAAAGAUUUCAUGUCGCGAUUAGAAAAGACUGCGGACGUCAACAUGUGUCUACAAGAACAGAGGCAUUCCUUGUGUAUUGUGAUGUGUGACACCUGUUUUGUUAUAUAUUAAAUACAGAGAAACUG